CCCAGUCCGCCGCGAGCCCUCGGUUGUCGUGUUUUGUUGUUCCCUUCGAAAUCGCCUCUCGGAGUUUCGUUUCUUGUUUUCCAGCUCGACUUCCUGCGCGAAGUCUGGGAAUGUAUCCUGCGCGACCCCGUUGAAUGUCAGUGAGUCGUUCGCACGAGCAAGAACAACAGGGAUUUGAGAGUCGGUUUACAUUCAAAGGCCGACAAUAUGAGGAACUCGACGUUACUGAAAUGGGCGCAAAAUUCGACGAACAAUAAAAAUCAGCCAAAUAAAACGGAGGUGAGUAACUCGGCUAAUAGGAAUUGGAUACACCCACCGGACGCGCUCCAAAAAGGACACAUCGCCUACCUAGUCAAGUAUUUGGGCAGCACGGAAGUGGACCAACCUAAAGGCAUCGAGGUUGUUAAAGAGGCGAUUUGCAAACUGAAGUUCAAUCAGCAACUCAAGAAGAGCGAAGGCACGAAAACUCCGAAGGUCGAGCUCACUAUAAGUAUCGAUGGCGUGGCGAUACAGGAACCAAAAACAAAAACGACACCCAAGCGAAUUAUGCAUCAGUAUCCGUUACAUAGAAUUUCAUACUGCGCCGACGACAAAGGGGAGAAAAAGUUCUUCAGUUUCAUCGCGAAAGAGGAGGACGCGGAAAGGCAUACGUGCUUCGUUUUCGUCAGCGACAAAUUAGCCGAGGAGAUCACGCUGACCAUCGGCCAAGCCUUCGAUCUGGCCUACAGAAGGUUCUUGGAAACGUCUGGCAAAGAUCUAGAAACGCAACGACGUUGUAUGGUGCUGCAACAGAAAAUAAAGCGACUCGAGCACGAAAAUAACGUUUAUCGGCAACGAUUGCAAGAUAUUGCGGCUAUUAAAGGCUCGGCAGACGUGUCGACGUAUUUAUCGCAGCAUAAUCUACCCGAUAUUCUUCAUGUACCUGGAGCUCCUACGGAUUCGCCGCAGAUCAAUGGUACAUCUAACAAGCCACUGCUGAAUAUGAGCAGCGACAGUAAUGGAAAUACGUCUAAUGGACCUCAGCAACCACCGCCGGUUCCGCCGAGGAGUUUUGAGAAGAGCUUUGAUGAUGAUUUCAUAGGAAAUGAACCAGCGCCAGUGCCGUCGGUUGGCACCAAAUUGGAAGGGUUGCUGAUGGACGAGUUUGAGGAAGAUUUCAAUCCAAGGGCUUAUGAGACUGCAGCCAAUGGUCUCACUAAUCAUCAGUCUAAUAACAAUCCACUUCUUAACGGUCAGCUAUCUUCAGGAUCAAAUUUCUUCUCGCAAUCUAAUGGUAUCAGUCCUCCGCCUCUGCUGGCACCACCACCAAAGACGAAAGACUCGAGACGCCAGAAUGGGAUCAAAGAAGAUUUAUUUGGUAGUAUUCCUUUCAAUCCUACACCGACUUUAAAUAUAAAAAAUGAAUUUAAGGAUCCGUUCGAAAUGGGAGAAUUCGGAGCUUCGACCAUGACAUCUAAUCCUAGCCAGCAGGAACUAGAAAAUGCUAUUGGUUUGUUAGACAAGAAGUUGCUGGAGAUGAAGGAUGGUUUUAGUAGAGGGCUGUGUAUUGGAACUGAUGAUUUUUCUUUGGAAAGCUUGGACCCACUGCGAAAUUAGGAUCGCCAAUCAGACUGGAAGCUACGAGCGUUCAAAUGAAAACUUGAUUAGUGUUCUGGGAUGCAGAGUAUGAAGUACCAAUUAACGGAUGAAGCAAUUAGGGUCCGUGUAAAACCAAAAUUAGUCAAUUAUUACUAUUAUCCUACUCAUAUAUUUAUGAUAAUGUUCGAUAUUUAUGGUAUAUUAUAUACAUAUGAAAUAAUUUUUUAAGCGUGUAUCCUACACUUGCUGAUAAUCUACGCUAAUCUAUCCGCCGCUUUAGAAAUGGGGUCCAAUCUGAGUGACGUAUUGAAACGCGUUAUUGUUAUGUUAUGAUGAGUCAGAGAGAUGAAAUCUCAAAUCGA